CUCACCAUGUCUACAGGACCGUACAGCAAAGACUGCAAGCUCAUGCAGAAGAUUGGCUGGGCGGUCCGGCAGCAACCCGUGUAUUGCUCGGGCGUUAUCCCAGUCCCUGAUGAUCUCAUGCUUCUCUACUUCGGAAAAGGAGAAUCCACUCGACGCGUUGACCUCGGCGACGCGUCCCUAGCGGAUCUUGAAGCGCUCUCUAAUGCGUGUGAGCCUGCCGCGUUUGGUCUGGGGGACCAGACGGUCAUGGAUGAGACGUACCGGAAGGCGGGGAAGCUUGACUGCGACGCGUUCGCUACUCUGUUUCACCCUGGCGACGUCGGCAUUAGGGAGAUCGUGCACAACGAGCUUCUCGGAGGCGAGAAAGACUUCACGAUGGAGCUGUAUAAGCUAAAUGUUUAUGGCAAGGACGCGUUUUUCAAGCCUCACCAGGACACACCGCGCAGCGAAAAGAUGUUCGGUUCUCUCGUGAUCGUCUUCCCCACUGCGCACGAAGGCGGAGAAUUCGUGCUCCACGAAAAAAUCAGCUCGAGGAUCAUCGACUUUUCUGAGAUCCUCUUGAGCUCGAAAGCUCCGGUUUCAUUUGUUGGCUACAUUGCGUUCUUCAGCGACACCUCGCACGAGGUCCGGCCCGUCAAGUCUGGCCACCGCGUCACGCUUACCUAUAACCUGUACUUCACCGACGCCCCUGAGCAAAACACCAAGCCGUCGCAUACCUUCCCCUCGUCUAUCCAGGGCUUUCUCACCAAGUACUUGAGGAAGCUGACCUCUGCACUGGGCGUCCUGCCAAACGGGGGAUACCUCGUUUUUGGUCUGCGGCACAAGUACGCGUUGAAAGCGUCGCAAAAGGCGGACACCCUCCGCGAGUACCUCAAGGGCUCGGACGACAUCCUCGCACGUGCGUGCGACGAGCUCAAGUUGGACUGGGCACCGCACGUGUACUACCAGAAGCUGGUCGAUAACAUGUCGUUCGUAUUCUCAGACAGAGUCAUCAAGUACGACUACGUCGAGGACCACGAGCUAUCCGGCCCAGGCGCCGACGCCGAGACAUUUGUUAGCGAGUGGUCGACGGUGUCCGCUGCGGAGGACGGGAGCCUGUCGUCAACCCUACACCCACGCCGGUGGGAGGAGUAUCAGAGAAAACUGUAUCCCAGUCCUAGCGAUCGGGAGACGAAGGGUGUGUUGUGGCGCAGCUACCAGCAACACGGGGACCGCAAAUGGCACGGGGAUACAGUUUGGGUGACUGGGCCGAUGUCGGACCACAAGAUUCAGACGCACCAUACAGCGUACGGCAACGAGAGCACGGUGGAGUACCUGUAUGGGUGCGUUUGCCUUCUUGUUAAGUUAAAACCAUCUGCGGAGCGCGGUGAUGCGGUCGCUGUCGGAGGCGAGGGUGAAACCGUAGCAGAGACCAGUGCCCAAGCAACCACUAUUACACAUCCUGAGGUCAUGGUUGUUGAUGCUCCUUCGGCAUAGUUUGAAGCUCUCCCAUAGAAUAGGUCAUGAAAUUCGACGUGUCGAAUCUGGUUUUCAACCUACAACGAUCUGUAUCUGAUAGUAGAGACAAAAG